UUUGAGUUGACAUCUCACUUUAUACCUAUUCUAACGCAAAAUAACGGAAAUAAAUCACAAUUGAAGAGAAUCGUUAUCGGCAAGACGUGUUUUAGAGUGUUAUUUAGUUUACAUGACAAUGUACUCUUUGUGAGCCGGUUCUGCGAGAAUGUGGCCGCUAUGCAUCCCGGCGUGGGGCGCGGCGGUGGCGGCGGGCGCGCUGGUGCUAUACGGCACCAUAGACGUUGCGUAUUUUGCGCGCAUGCUGUUUACAGUCACGCGUGCUAGGUACUUCCGCAAGAAGGCGUGCCUGUUGGAAACUACGGAGGUCGGCUCCUGGGUCCUCCUCUCCGACGUCGACACUCUCCUCUACCACAUGAACAACGCGCGCUACCUUCGCGAGCUAGACUUCGCGCGCGCAGACUUCUACGAAAGGACUGGACUGUAUUCCAACAUUAAAGCGGCUGGUGGGGCCGUUGUGCAGGCGGCUUGUACUAUUCGCUAUAGGAGAUAUCUGAAGCCGUUCACUAAAUUCACAAUUACGUCUAGAGUAAUCUACUGGGACAACAAGACCGUGUUCAUGGAGCAUGAGUUUGUCGGCCCCGGUCGCUUCGUGCACGCGGUCGCCGUGUGCCGACAGCGUGUGAUAGACACGGCCGCCGCGCCGAUAGCGGAGCUUCUGGUCCAGCUGCAUUGUGCGGGGACAUGCAAGCCGCAGCUGGGGAAGAUGCCACCGGAGUUGGAGCUAUGGGUACAGAGCAACGAGUUAAGUUCUGCCCGCCUGCGGUCAACCGUGGUGCCUGCGCCCUUCCUACCAUCAGCCUCACCUCAAAUAGGUUCUGGAGAAUCCAUCACCGCUGCAGAAUGAAGCAACGUUUCCAACAGAGAAUACAAACUGAACCAGAUUCGAGUGUCACGGAAAUCGGAUGAGGAUAGCUAGAACUUUCCAGUUCAUUAUUUUUGAUGUGUUGUACGUCAGCUCGGCUGUAAAAUGGUCCAAGACCUGAAAUCGAGGCUCGAAAACCGAGCUUUUAUAAUGCAUUGUUAACCCUUUUCCAGGGAUAGUACGAUUUAUCGACCACAUACGCGCCACUAGAAUUUCAAGUUUAGCAUUCCGAUUUAAGAUUCAAAUUAGAUUGCACGUUCGGAAAAUUUGAGUUAUCUUCAAAUGAAUCAUCAAAGAUGGAUUAAUUGGAAUAUAUUUGGAUUUUUCGGGAAAACCUUGUAGAUUGGUGCGGCCUGGAAAAGAGUUAAUGUGGAGAAGACCGUCAUAUAAGUUUGGUUAAGAAGAUCGACAUAGCUAGGGCAAGAAACUCUCGUAUUUGUAACGUCAGUCAGAAAGGAAGAGCUUCGUUUCGCUCCUACCGACCUCCUGUAAGUAAACUAUUGUGUACAAGAGCUCAGAAUAAAUAAUAGUACUACUGUACAGAAAGGACACUUCCAACAAAACCGAAGUUUGACAGCGAUUCAGGGUCGAAUCAUGCUGUCGCUUUCUAAUAUAUGGUACUAUCCCUUUCAGCUAUUUCGGGUUGACAAAAUUCAAGUGAUUAGUGCACGCAAAAGAACGUCAAGUGUUUGCCAACCUAAUUAAUAAUUGCUCGGAGCAAUGCUGAGCCGAACGGAGCCGAGUUUGCCCGAAGUCAGGUGUGUCUCCCCAAGUCCCCAUUGCAUGGCAAGAGUUCUAUCUCAUCUGAUAGGCCACAUUUGGAUGUGGGUCUUAGCCACAUUGGGCUUAGAUGGAUAUGAAAUGUUAACUGAAUACAAUUUCUACUUAAAAGUAGAUAUAAAAACUGCCAAGCUGACAAAUGUAUGCCUUUGCUAGUCUUUUCGUGUAGUAUAUAUAUUUGUUAAGUUAAUUUACAUAAAUUUUAUAUUGUUGUAUUUAAUAUUUAGUAUAAUUUAUUUUGUAUCCCAUGGUGCCUAUUGGUACAUGGUUGGCCAGAGGAACAGUGAACAUAUUUUGCCGAAUUUUACAAGCUUUUAUUUAUGUUUGUAUGUAUGUUCGGGUCAAAUCUUGCAAGCUAAAUUAGACCAACUUUCUAUUAUUCGAUAAAGCUGAAACUUCAAAUACAUAUGUAAGUUGGGUGACAAUCCAAUAUUAUGGUACCAUCGAGCUGAUCUGAUGAUGGACACAGGAGGUGGUCAUAGAAACUCUGUGACAAAACUAUGUAACGCAGCCUAAUUGUGUCCAGGUUUGUUAAAAUUGUGAAUGUGAACAAAAUGUGAAAAAAACAGUACAAAAAUGAAAUUUUUGAUAAGAAACUUAUCAACUCUUGAUGCGGGCUGUAUACACUCGUCGGGAGACCCCGAGCCAGGCCGAGAACGAGUAUGUACAUAUGCUGCUCUCUUCUAGCCCCGCCGUUACUCGUUUCGUCUCGCGCUUCUCCGAUUGGAUCGGAGCGGUGCCGAAACUCUCGGCGAGAGGCUCUCGACGAGUGUGUACAGCCGACAUGACAUUUAAAAAGGCAAGGAAGUGU